AUGCCAGCUAAAGAAAAAAUGAACGCUGUCUUGCCAAUUUGUGAAGAUGAAGUUAAAGAUUUGGAACUACUAGUCUUCCAUACGCCUGUCAAAUAUAAUAGCAAAGUAAAAGUCCAUGAUUGGGUAUUUGGCCACUCCUGGAAAAAAAUUUCAGGGAAGUCAUCGUAUCAAAGACUGGGUCCAGAAGAUGCCUGUACAGGAAUUUCUGAAACACAAACUAUGCUAUCUCAAAUACAAUUAAAAGAUUUGUACAAACCGAUAUAUCCACAACGUACUUUACUUAAUAUGAAGUCUUCUGCAUUGGCAGGGACAGAAGAAGAGAAAGAGUCGUCGUUAAUGGAUAUAAUGUACGAUUCUGAAGAAGCUCGUUGCAUGGAUUAUAGGACGACAACGGAAAUUGACUAUAGGUCGCAUUAUCCUGUAAAGGCAAAAUUAUUACCACCGCCACCGCCACCAGAACCAUGGCUUUUAAAUCGACGAACCAUUGGUUACAGUCUUGAAGAAUUGGAAAAACGAGAUGGAAUGCAUACGUUUUUAGAUGACAAUAUGGAGCUUCAUCGAAACAUAGCUGAUUUAAAGUCAAGAAGAAACAAAGUACAUGAAUUUUCGAUUCAAGACAGUCAUUCUCUACAAUCCGCUGAUUCUUCUAACAUAAAAGAGUGUACAAUUCAAAAUUAA